AUGGCCGACCAUUCGGAGAUCAUCACAUUUACACUCACCCCAGACAACCCCUGCAACACGACGAUCACCAACGCAUCCGGGGAGGUUCUCUAUGUUGUGUACACCGAGAGCGAUCAGAACGCGUCCACAACGCGUGUCUACGAGGGCAAAUCCGACACAGUCGUCGCGGCGCUGCUUUGGUCGGAUACGGGUUUAGUCCUCGGGAAAGUCACGCUGCGUGGGGAGAAGGAGGUGCCCAUGCGCGAAUGGAUGAGCAAGAGCAUGAUGCCUUUCAACGAUGCGGCCUUCAAGGAUAAGAGCGGGAGGCGGUACAAGUGGAAGGGCCUGUCAGCUGGGCGCGCACUGGAGCUCUACGCGGAAGAUGAUGGCUACAAGCAGCCCGUCGCGGGAUUCCACAAAUCAAUCGUCGACCGGCGAGUGAGUCCCCCAGGAGUGAUCCCAGCGACAUUGCGACUCGCCCCACGCGCAGACGAGAUCCGGGAGCUGCUCGUAUGCUCGUUCCUGUUCCUUGAGAACGAUAGAAGGGCAAAGGAGAAGAGCUUCGGCGACAUGCGAUUGAGGAUGGCCGGGCAAUUUGCGAUGCGUUGA